AUGGAUCAAGGACUGUGUCUUCAUCAACGAGACGAGCUGCAACUUCGGGUCGAUUGGACAGAAGAAAGGAUUGUCCACGCAUUUCACCAGAAAGGAGAAGGCGAAUCACAAGAAGCGCAAAAAUACAAACAAAAUCGUUGCUGUCGCUGGCUCUCAACCGACAUUAAACUGGUCAGCCGCAUAUCUCGACAAGUAGAAAUGCACUGGAUACCCUGUGGAAACCCCUCGAUGUCGGAGGACGUUAUCCUGCUGGACCACAAAGAUUGGAUCGCGAUCGGUCUCUCGAAAUUACUACCGUCAUUCGUAACGUUAACGUUCGCAGACACUUCGAGUGCAACUGCGACACCAACAUAA